UUGUUUACUAGUUAAUUUUCGUAUUUUUGAAUUAUUCGUAAAAUAUUUAUCACGAAUUAACUCUUUUGCGAAAUAGAAUGACAUGAAUGCUCAUAAAUUUGUGAAGACAUUGGAAAAUGAAAGUACUGCGCAUAAAUCUGAGAAAACAUAAAAAAUACUUUUAUUUUUCGAUUAUCCUGCGAACUAAUCGAAAUGCUUGGACGUUUCUACACAUUUCGAGAUCUUAAAAUAGACCGGCUAGCUCAAUGCGAAGACUUCUAUAUUUUCAACGCACAGUCGAGACUCUUCGCGAAAGACGAUUCAGAUCAUUGCUUUGGCAGUGUUUGUGCAUAGUAUAUUUUUAAUAAGACAAUUGGUUAUAUAUAAAGGACCGUACAGAUUCAAUAUUCAGUGCAUUUGUAUCUUUUCACGUUCGUGGUUCGUGGAAUUUUAUUCGAGUGUAAAAAGCACGCAUCGGAAACCGAUUAUUAACACAGAUUAAACAUUCAUUGAUCAUGUCUCAACAGAGCUCGGGCGCUACCACAAACCAGGAAGUGAAGAGUACGGAGAAGUAUAAAAUUCUUAAAAAUGAUAAAGUAGGAAGAUUCAUGGUAGCUAAUAAAGACUUGCAACCGGGCGAAGAAAUCGUCACCGAAAUGCCCUUCGUCGUCGGACCGAAGGCAUUCACAUAUCCGUUGUGUCUUUCGUGCUACGCUCCAUGGCCUCCGUCACUAACCGAAAAACCGCUUUGCUCAAGAUGCGGAUGGCCUGUUUGCUCUACUGAAUGUGAAAAUCAACCGCAACAUAAAGAUUACGAGUGCCAGAUAUUUGUGCAAGCAAACGAAAAGUUCAACGUGCAAGCGGCUCUAGAAGAAGCGAACGAGAACGGUGUCCCACAAUUAGAGUGCAUAACACCGUUAAGACUGCUCUUAGAGUCAGAAAAGAAUCCCGAAAGAUGGAACAACGAAGUAAAGAACAUGGAGGCGCAUAAUAAAAUAAGAAGUCAGAAAGCACACUGGAAAUCGGAUCAGGUGAAUGUAGUGGAAUAUUUGAGGAAUCAACUUAAACUCGACAGAUUUUCGGAGGAACUUAUUCAAACGGCUUGUGGGAUUUUGGAAAUCAACACCUUCGAAGUUCGAACAUCGAGAGGCUACGGCGCGAGAGCACUAUAUCCGACAGUUGCUCUAAUGAAUCAUUCAUGUGUCUCGAAUACGUGUCAUAGCAUUUCACCUACAGAUUACAGAAUACGAUUGCGUACGACAGUGCAUGUUCCACCAAGCGGUGAACUUUAUGGAAGUUACACUCAUUCGUUAUAUCCGACGAUGCUCAGAAGAGAACAUCUUCUCGAGGGAAAACAUUUUGCAUGUGCUUGUGCAAGGUGCUCGGAUCCUACUGAACUUGGCACACACAUGUCUUCAUUGAAAUGUAACAAAUGCGACAAUGGAAUUGUUUUGUCUCUAGAUUCUUUAGAUCCAGACAGUUCAUGGAAAUGUACUCAUUGCGAAUUUUCAACAUCAGGACCAGCGGUCCGAAAAGUAUUGAAAAUUAUACAGGCGGAAGUUGAUGCUGUGGAACAAAUAAGCGGUGCUGAUGGAGCUGAUGCUAUUCAAGAAAGAGAAACUGUGAUGAAGAAAUAUCGCUCUGUUUUGCAUCCUCGACACGCUUUUCUUACUAUGUUAAGACACUCAUUAACGCAAAUGUAUGGUCGUGUCGAUGAAUAUCUCCUGGACGAUUUGCCGGACGUCGUAUUAGAACACAAAAUCGAUAUGUGCAGGUUCCUACUGCAAGUGUUGGACGUCAUUGAGCCUGGUUAUUCUCGUAUAAGAGGAAUGACAUUAUACGAGCUUCAUGCACCAUUGUUGUUUGUCGCGAAAACGCUAUGGAACGCCGGAGUAAUCGACGAAGCUGCAUUAAAAUCGAAAAUGAUAGAAGCUUCGAACAUUUUAAAAGAAGCAGCGACGAUCUUAUGUUUGGAACCGCCGGAUACGCCCGAAGGCGAAAUAGGUAUAGUCGCAAAAGAGUCGUUAGCUCAACUUGAGGAGUCGAUCAAUAAUUUAUAAAUAAUUUCUCUAAUUACAUAUUUGUAUAAAAGUAUUUAUUUAAUAC